UACCGACCACGUCCUACCGUUCGGGUGCUUCCAGGGCUCGAGAGCCCGCGCUAGAGGCGCCGAUCCCGCCCCGGCCAUGCUGGUGAGCAGGAGGGUGAAGCGCCUCUUGCAGCUGGUGCCUGGGAAGCAGCGCUUCGGCGUUUACAGGUUCCUGCCCUUCUUCUUCCUCCUCGGGGGAGCGAUGGAGUGGUUCAUGAUUAACGUCCGCAUCGGCAAGGAGACCUUUUAUGACGUUUACCGUAGGAAACGAUCUGAAAGACAGUACGAGGCAAGGAUGGAAAAAAAUUAAUUUUAGCUGAAAGCCUUCACGGGGAAGGUCCUGAAUGCUUCAACUGUAUUAAUACCAAAGAAGCAUUACUGCCACGUUGAUGGUAGGGGAAGAUUUUUGUCUGCAAGAUGAACUGUAAUCCACAAGUUUGUGAAAUACGCUCUCGGAUGGUUGUGGCAGUUUAUUCUUCCUCCAUCUACUUCAUAUCUUUAAUAUUUUGUAUUUAAGCCAAAUACAAUAGCAAAAAGUUCAUUGAAUGUAGGCCUCUGCCACGUGUUUAUUUAGUACUUUUAAAUAAAAUAAACUAAACUGAAUAAACAGA